AGAAGUGAAGGGUCCGGGUCCGGGUCCAGGUCCAUCCGGAGGAGGACGGACUGGAAACAUGACCGUGGCUUCUCUUUUCUUCUCCUGUUGGAUUUAACUCAAACCAGAUGUCCUGCUGCCAGACUCCGGUUGUUUUUAACGUCUCUGUGACGUCACCAAACUCCGUGUUUUUCCUCCACUUCUAACGUCGACUUUUAACGGAACGCGCGCGACUGUAGCUCAGACUGACGGUUUAACAGUUUAACGGGACUUUGUGGUUUGGUCCCGGUGUGAUCCUGGUCUUACUGAGUCUUGAUCAGCUGACUGGACCGCGGGUUCUUGUGCACAGACAGGAUAAAGAAGACAGAAGUGUGGUGUGUUUGAGGGACCAUGGAGAACUGAAGAACCUCUGAAGAGUCAUGAGGCUGUAAACGCACAUGACCACAGACAGAAGAUGCGCGUGUCCGUCCGGCUGCGCACACAGAGUCCCGUUCAGAAUCAGGCCGAUUUAAAGUUUGAUUGAUUAUAGAUUGAAGUUAUCUGGGUUUAUAUAUUCAGAUCAUACAUUUCCAGACUCUCGUGGCUCCAUCAGUGAAUUCGGGAUAAAUAGAAUCCAACAGACGGUAUUUUAUUUUAAUGACAGACUCCUUUAACUGUUUCUCUGACAGUCAUGUAAACGGUCCCAACUCCUGAAGUCAGCAGAGGGCUGAGGUGAUGAAGAUGAUGAGGAUGAUGAUGGUGCACAGUGAAACCCUGGGCAGUGUGAAGUGAAGCUCUCUCCUCAUGCGGUGUCUCCUGGCUUCAGCCGCCCGGAUGCUGCUCCGCCGCCGGCCCUGCUCCGGCCCGCUGCUGCUGCUGCUCGGGGUCGCGGUGUGUCUCUUCUACCAGACCCUGAUGCUGGCCCGGAACCGGCUCCGGUCCGGACCGCAGCGUCCCGCCACUGAUGUUCGCAGCAGGAAGUCUACGGAUGAAUUCAUGAUGAUGGAGACCAGGAAGUUCAUUUCCACCCUGGAGACUUUACAGAGAGAGACUCAGGUCCAGGUGUGGUCUCGGAAACCCCCCUGGCGUCGUCGGGCCGUGGUUCUGACAGGUCAACAUCUGGCCUCUGACACCGAGGUCCAGCUGUACCAGCAGGUCCUGCAGCAGAUAGGCUACGAGGUCCACAUGUCCAGAUACGCUGAGACCAGCAGCGUCCUCAGAACAAACCAGGGUGUGAGUGGGUGGAGCCUGUUGCUGUGCCUCAGUAGUUCAGAGCGGAGCUGUCUGAGGAGAGUCUCCUUCUCUCACCUGCAGUAUCAUCAGAAGGUUAACCUUAUUCCUGGGCUGAUGGAGGCCUUCUCUGAUGCAGGUGGUGGUCUCUGUCACCUCUUCACUCGGUCACACCCGACAGAUUUACCCAUGAAGCCAUACUCCUGUGGAUCGACCAGUCAGAAGCUGCAGAUUCCUCAGGACAGGCGCUCACCUGCCCGAGCCCCACCACCUGGUCUGGUUACCAUGGUGAAUGUUUACAUCCUGGUGACUUCAGUCAGACCGCUGACAUCCUUCCUGCAUGACAUCAGCGUGGUGUCAACCAAUCAGGAUCCGAGGGGACGACCCAUGAAGCUCAGGGACUUCCUGCUGCAACAGCUGGGACCAACUAACUCCCAGCAGGCUUUGGGGCAGAUGAAGCAGGUCAUAGGUGAAGUGCUGCAGGCGGCAGCGUCAACCAAUGAGAAGACAGAAACAGUCAACAGGUGUGUGUUGUGUUACCAGCUGCUCACCUUCACUCUGCUGUUCAGCAGCUCCAUCACACCUGUUACAGUCCAGGUGGACACUGAUGUAACAUUUGUCUCUCUGAGUAAAGACACGUUUGACAGACAGAUCACCAAAGACCUGAUCCUGGAGGACACACUGCACUUCCUGCUGGCAACACACCCACACCUGUCCUCAGAGCCAGAGACGGAGGGGGGACAGUACGGCGGCUGCAGAGGAACAAACAGUCGGUGUCUGUCAGAGGACGAGUUUCUUCUUCUGCUUCAGUUUCAGCGACAGAUGACGACGUCUUCAGCUUUUCAGCUGCUGUAUCCCAGCCCCUCCUCCUCCUGCUCCUCCUGCUCCUCCUCCUCCUCCUCCUCCUCUCUGAGCGUCUCUGACCUCCUAAUCAGGAUCAGCCGUUACUACGAGCUCCAGAGGAACUCCAGCUUCAGAAGUGAUGGGACGGGAGCUUUGACCAAUCAGGAGUCAGCGGUGUACUCGUCACAGGGCGGAGCCGCAGAUAAAGGUCCCUGUGUGGACCCCCGCCUCAGACAGAUCUACACCGACCCCCCCCUCACCCUGACUCCCCCCUUCAGCCCGUGGGUGAAGGAGUACCGUGCUGAGGUGACCUUUGACACGGUGACGGUUCGAAUUCGGCCAGAGCCCGUCAGCUCAGUCUGCCGGGUCCACCUGGACGAGCACCGAGGACCCAGGAUGGCAAACUACCCAGUCGGCCUCGGCGACAGCAGGAUCAGCAUCCUGGUGACGGACGACGCCGAGCCGCAGCCCAUCAUCAUGACGAUCUACACAGUCCACAUGUACCGCGAGAACCGACCUAGUCUGCCCAUGUUUGGAGAUCAUGUGAUGUGCAGCUUCGUGCAGGACUGUGGUCUGUUGGUUCGGCCCGGUCGGUCCUGUGGUCUUCAGCCCUUCAUCAGGUAUCGGAGUCCACUUCAGACCUGCAGCUCAGGACACGCACCAGGUCGGUGGGUGGUUCCAUGUCUGAGCUGUUCUGACAACAGGACGUGUGAUUGGAGGGAGGUUGCCUGGCAGCCAGACGGCUGUUCUCACCUUUUAGUGGACCGUUCCCUGCUGCAGGACUGUAUGAUGGACAGGAAGGUGUUGUUUAUCGGCGACUCGACCAAUCGUGGGAUGAUGUACUUCCUGAUGGAGCGAGUCAACUCGAGUCUGGAGGACUGGGGCAAAGCUCACAACACACUGGUCUACAGGAACCUGAACAAGGGGCAGAGCCUGGUCAGCUACUCGUACUACCCUCAGUUCUGGUUGGAGAAGAAAAAGAGGCCAACGUUCAGGCAGGCGCUGCUGGCAGUUGCUUCAAGGUCUCGACCUCUGGUGAACUCUGACCUGACGGUGCUGGUGGUGGGAGGAGUCCAGUGGCUCAACACUGAUCACCUGAGGACAGUCAGAGAGGUGCUGGACAGGGAGUCUCUCAGUAACAUCCUGGUGGUGGUGAAGUCUUUGGGGAUGGGCUUCCACCUCCCUGUGGACGGGAUCAGGUCUCUGAGUCUGACUGAAAUCCAAGAUCUGGACAAUGAGAACAACAACAUCAUCGCCACAGCAAAGCAUCAUGGGUACGAAGUGAUUGACACGUUUAGCAUCACGAUGGGUCGAUACAAAGAGUUCCUGCAGGGACGAUGUGCCUGUCACUUCCACGAGGUGGAGAAGUUCCGGUCCUCCAGGCCUCCAGACGACACCACAUCCACCACCAAUGAAACCAGAUCCACCAGACCUGGACUCAGCAGCCAAUCAGCUGUGCAGGACACAGACCAGGAGGCGGGGCCCGCUGACACCUGGAUCUAUCACGUGAGAGGAGCAGUUAACCAGGUGUACUCUGAGAUCCUGUUGAGCCGCCUGUGCUCCAAAACCCGAACCUAAGUGUGUGUGUGUGUGUGUGUGUGUGUGUGUGUGUGUGUG